UCUGGGUGGGGGAGAAACAAAGGCCCUCACUGCUCUGUGCGCAAAAAUCUGGGAACGCAAAGAGUAUGAAUACAGUCACUAGUUAUUUACAUUCAAUCAACAGUAAACAGUGCCAGGAACUUCACAUUCUGAGACAGAGACACUGUUCACAUGAGACAACAUCACAUCCUGAGAAGAAGGCGCUGAGACGGAGACAGACACACAGCACGAGGGUCUCGCCAACAGCUCGGAAGACACGACACGUGACAGCUGGUGUCCACUUGUGUCUGGUCUCCAAUCACGUGCACCAUCUGCAGCAACAGACAGAAAGUCGACAGUUGCAGGCGACACCCUGUUGUCUGCUGUCUACACUUCAGUCAAGGCACAUCCUCGAGGUCUGACCUGCCACUAGGACACCUUCUUCAGCCUAAGACUCCAGACUCGGGUGAGUGUCGCUGCAGGUCACGAUGUCGUCUCUAUGGUUACUUCUCGCUUUGCUGCUGCCCACCGUGGUUACACCCUUUCCACAGGAUUUCCUGGAAAAGCAGCUACAGAUGAUGCUUCGAGAACAGUUUCCUGCAGAUUAUCUGGAAAAUCACCUGGAAAUGAAUAAUCGUGAACAGCUUCCCUCAGAUACCCUUGAGGAAUACCCAGACAGAGAGAACCGUCAACUUCUUGCCUCAGAUGAUGGCUACAACAACCUGCUGGCUGUCCUUCGACAGUUAAAAAACACUACAUGUCCACCUACAGGGCUGUCAGGACCAAACAAAUACUGCUCGCGCAGAAACGGCUAAGACUCGUCGAGACAUCACCGAGUGCUGAGACCACAUGUAGCAGAUGACCUGAAAUAUUGAAAACUGUGUAACACAUCCGUGAACAUUUCUAAUGUGGUUAACCAUGUUAAAUAUUACAUAACAUAUUACACUUCUCAACCAUGUUAUAUAUCACACAGACAUCGCGCUCCUCGAGCCUAAAGGAACUCUGUGAACAGGAACGACUGUGUGAAAUAAACGCAUUUUGCAGAUA